AUGUCUGAAAAUAAACGGGAUAUCCAAAUCUCCAAGGCCUUGGCAUAUCUCCUUCGCCAUGGCGCUGUGAAUGAGGGGCUUCCCAUAGAUAACAACGGUUACGUCUCCAUUGAGCUUUUGCUUAGACACAAUAGGCUGAAAAGCUUACAAUGCACGCUGCAAGACGUUGAACGGGUGGUGGCUAACAACGUGAAGAAACGGUUCCAUAUGCAGAGCAGCCACGACGGUCAGACAGUCAUAUGUGCCACACAAGGUCAUUCUCUCGCACAAGUGACACCAUCUGACGAAGUCCUUCACCAAAUCUCCGCCACAGAAGAAAUCCCUUCCAAACUUGUGCAUGGCACCAACUUCAGCAAUCUAAGACUCAUACUCCAAACCGGCUCUCUUAAAAAGAUGCGCAGAAACCACAUACAUCUAGCGGCUGGUGUCACCGGCUUGGAUGAAAAGGUGGUUAGUGGCAUGCGGACUUCCAGCAACGUUUACAUCUAUCUGAAAGUGAGAGAUCUGUGCGAGAAAUACCAAGUGUUCAGGUCGUUGAACGAUGUGUAUUUGGCACCCGAGGAUAUACCGAUAAGUUUGAUCCAGAAUGUUGUUUUAGUCGGCAGCGAUAAAAAUAAAUCUAUUGUAAAGGAAUUGCAACAGGCCCUGAACCAGCACAAUGUACCAUUUGAAGUAUCUGAGGAUGGUCACACGGUAUAA